AUGACUCGUUCUCGCUCCGCCCCUAUGGGCUUGUUGGCCUGCGUCGCCCUCGUCUGCAUGACCCUCCUUAACCUUCCUCUUGUCUACGCCGAACCCGCCUCCUCCAUGGAAAACAUCGAACCCGGUGUGCCCAUGAAGUCAACCCCCGUCAACCUGAUGCCUCGCUCCGAUGCCUUCAACGGCCGCCAAGCCAAAGACACUCUGAACAAAUUCCGUCCCACCAACGUCAUCCAGCUCCGCUUCGUCGAUGCCUCGGACGACAACUAUGCUGACUAUGGUGCCUGCCAUCACGUCGACAUGGAUGUCGAGCUCAAGUCAGAUGAUCUCAAGCCCGAGAAGCAAUAUACCAUCCAGUCCAUCAACCCCUUUGCCUUCCAGCACGCUGUCAGAAAUUACUCCUGCACUGGUACUGGCAAGAACUUGAAGCUGAACUUGGAGCUUGAUCCCCGUUUUGCUGAUCAAGUCCGUAGCUGGAAUGUCGGUUCCUCCAGGGUGUUCGGUGUUGUCAUCCCUCACGACUUUGUCGACCUCAAGAAGAACAAGGCUUGUUUCGCUGAACUCAGCGAGGAGGCCAAGAAGUGGGCCAAGACUCGUCCUAUGGAGACUGUUGUCAAGAUGGUCAAGAACCCCCGCUUCUUGAACGCCAAGAAGAACAACGUUGUCUCGUUUUCUGUCGUCAAGACUAACAUCUGGUCGCGCAUGAGCCGCAAACAGUCUGUUCACAUUGCCCAUCGCGAUAUGGAUAUGCAUGAGAUUGUCCCUUUGUACUUCCACAAGCGCUCCACUGCUUAUGAGAAGGGACCCAUGUGGAACUUUGAGCGCGAUCUCUCCCCUGCCACCAAGACCAUCGCUAAUCAAAUUAGCGCCAACAAUGUCAAGGCUAACAUGGACAGGAGUAACGUCAAGGGUUAUGCCCAGGCCGACAUGGCCUGGAGCCAGACUUGCAUCUGGAACAUCUUCGUUAGCAGAUACAGCUGCAUCACCUGGGGCCUCUCUGCCGCUAAGGUAUCUGGUAUGACCGAGAUCAACCACUCCACCAGUGUCGACAUUAAGAAGAAGGACGUCGGCCGCUCUAACGGCCCCAGCAAUCCUUUGCUGACCUUGACCCGCGUCAACGUUACCACCCCUACCUUUACCGUUGUUGCCCCCAUCCCCAUGCUUGGUUUCUCUGUCCCCGGUGUCUUUGACCUCGGCGCCAAUGUUGCUGUCGCCGGUUCCGUCUCGUUGAACAUCCUUGUUCAGGCUACCGAGGAUCUUUUGCUCAACACUGGUAGUGCCACCUCCUGCCCUUGGACCAUCGACUGGAACGGUGGCCUCACCAGCUUGCCCCAGAUCCAAUUCGGUACCUGCACUCUCCCCGGCACCCCCAAGCUGCUCACCGACCCUACCCAAGCUUUCAACAUCAAGAGCCACGACAACGCCAUCUACAUGGGCCCUCAUCCCAGAAACGGCCGUCGUGUCAACUCCAGAGACGCCAUCCUCGGUGCCGUCCCCACCGCCCCCGCCAGAGGCAGAGGCAGAAAAGACUCUCGCCAGACGGCCGCUGUCCGCCUCGGUUUGAAUGUUAUCCCCUCUCUCAACUUGGGCCUCAAGGUCUUUGGUUUCUCUGCUGUCAACGCUGGAGUUGUUGCUCCUUUGAACUUGGGUAUCAACACCAACUGGGAUACUCAAAAGACUGAACAGUGCCCCGCCAACAACGUCGCUAUUUUUGCGGAUGGACAGGCUAGUGUGAUGAUUGAGGGUACCUUCUUUGGAUUCACUAGAUCUACUCCCCCACUUGUCAGUCCUCGUUUGGACUCUCCCCCAAUCUGCAUCAAGGUCUAA